AUGGCGGUGACCACACCAGAACGACAGCAUAAAACAUUUGUUCCUCAGAAUCAGGUUCAGAAUGCUCAGCAAUCCAAGCACUCGACCCCUACAACCAAGAGAAAAAACAAACCUCCUGCAUACCUUUAUUUUUCAGAAAACUGUGGACUGUACUUUCCAGAAAUAAAAAGAGAUCCAGGCAGAUAUUUACACAGUUGUCCUGAAUCUGUAAGAAAGUGGCUUCAACAGCUAAAGAAUGCCGGGAAGGUUCUUCUGUUAAUUACCAGUUCUCACAGUGAUUACUGUAGACUGCUCUGUGAAUAUGCUCUUGGGGCUGAUUUUGCAGACCUUUUUGACAUCGUGAUUACAAAUGCACUUAAGCCUGGUUUCUUCUCCCACUCACCAAGUCAGAGGCCUUUCCACGCACUCAAGGAUGAUGAGGAGCAGGAGGCACUGCCAUCUCUGGAUAAACCUGGCUGGUACUCCCAAGGAAACGCUGUUCACCUUUAUGAGCUUCUGAAGAAGAUGACAGGCAAACCUCAGCCGAAGGUUGUUUACUUCGGUGACAGCAUGCACUCGGACAUUUUCCCAGCAAGUCAUUAUAGUAACUGGGAGACCGUGCUCAUCCUGGAAGAACUCAGGGGCGAGGAAGGCGAAAAGCCUGAGGAGGCGGAGCCUCGGGAGAAGAGAGGGAAAUAUGAGGAACCAAAGGGAAAGCCUCUAAAUACCUUAUCUAGAAAAUGGGGCUCUUUUUUUAUUGAUUCAGUAGCAGAACAGGAAAACACAGAGGACUCCUUGGUUUACACGUGGUCCUCUAACAAAAUCAGUACUUACAGCACUAUUGCAAUUCCAAGUAUUGAAGCAAUUGCAGAAUUACCCCUGGACUACAAGUUUGCAAGAUUCUCUUCAAACAGUUCAAAAACAGCUGGCUACUAUCCAUUGGUCCAUUAUACCAACGGCCUUAUCAAAUGAUGAGACACUGACAAUAAAACAAAUUAUAAUGGAGUGAAAAACCAUAUAUGUACCAAAUGUGCUAUUAAAAAUGUUAAUUUUCAAAAAAUAUUGUAAAAUGCUUUGUAGGAACAAGUUUUUGUGAAAAUGAUCAAGUAAUUGGUAUUUGUGCAUAAGUCUAUUUUGUAUAAACUAUUUGAUGCUUAACUCUUACUAUAUUAAAAUCUAAGUAUCUUAGAAGUGAACAGAACAUUGAUAUUUUCCAUAUCAAUAGUUUAGAGAUUAGAAUUUCCCUGGGGAGGUGUAUACACAACCACACCCACACGCACACAUACAUAUAUUUAGCCCCGUGGUUUUCAAAGUGUUAUGCUAGACUAAGAGCACAGCAGCACGUAGAACUUGAUAAUGCAAAUUUGAAAGGCUUCCCAAAACCCACUAGAUCAGAAACCCUGGCAGUGGGUCCCAGCAAUCUGGGGCUUUAUGUGAUUUUUUUCAAGCUAUUAGGUUUCAUACUGUUCUUCUUUUCAGAAAUGAGAUAAGCAGGGGCAGAGUACUACAAGCCAACUCUCUCAACCUCCAUAGUUUCCCACUAGUUUUUCUUCCCCUAAGUGUUGCUUCUUCAUUUUCAGUAAUUUUAAGGUAUGCAUUUUCAAGACAAAGAUUAUGACCUUCCAAUGUUCAGCCCUGCCCCCCAACCUUAAUCUUUAACAAUUAAUUUUGCUCAUUAGAGAAAUUUAUAGUUGUUAAUUAAAUCUGAGUUAAAUUUUAUUUUCUCCUUGGUCAAGAGGGUGAUGACAAAAAAACAAAAAAAAAAAAAAACAGGAAAACUGCAUUAAGUCUUUCAGGUAUGCUAUAAUCCAAGAUUGCCGUGUUCUGUAUGCUGUCUUUAGUUCCCUUAGUAGCUAUUUAUGAAAACAUGUUUGGAGGCAGGCAAUAAAGUUACUAAGGUUGUGACUAUGCUUUAUGCUACAACUUCACUAUCCAUACUGGACAGGACCAGAAAACAAAACUGGUUGUUAUCGUUAUUUUACUUGGGUUGUAGCAGAGGAUUGAGCAUAUGAAACAUAAUGAAAAGAUAACUUCUUUUGUGAUUUGUAAAUGCUCUGAUAAAUCCCAAAUAUACUGCAGAAAUAAAUAUCUCAGGGUAAGUACUAGGUUAUUGACUUUUUUUUCCUCAGUCAGUAGCUUUGUUUGAAAUCUGCCAGUAACUAUAUUUGAAACUGAUAUCCAAAAUGUCACUGAAAUACACAAUCAAGUUUAGGGCUCAAUGAAAGAUCUCAUGUGUAAAUAGAAAUAUGAUUUCUUUUAAAAAUAAAGUUAUUUUUCUUUA